GCGUCGGGCGGCGGAAGGUCCGUAGGCGCGAGCAAAACAGCAUCAAAGCCAGACGACGAGGUAUCGUAUCGCUUGGCUAGACAACACGAGGUGACCGGUUCGCUGGCCACCAGCCAACUAACACAGAGCAACAAGUAUAAAAUCCUCCAGUAAGUAGGCCUUUGCCAACGCCUGCGUUCCAUGUGCUAUUUGCUGGUAUGCUACUACUAACGUCAUGGCUCUACCACUUUACUUUCUCCUUUUGUCCGCAAUCUCCCUCGUUGCAACGGGCCAAAGCCCGGCUCAAUGCGACUUCCAAUGGCAGCCGCCCAAUAGCUGUCGCUGUGCACUGAACCAAACCAGUAAUAAUACGGCCCCAGCGAAUUGGCUUUACAGCAGUGAGCUCAACUCGGAUGCACUGACAAUCUUGCGACGACCUGAUACGCCAGGAGCACAGAUCAUCUACAACUGGAAGCAGCUUGAACCAACAGAGGGACAAUACAACUUCUCUCAGAUUGAAGCGGACCUAAGCAGAGUUGAAUCCUUGGGAAAGAACCUUUGGAUCUGGCUCCUUUUCCAGAGCUACAAUCGUUCUCGCAACCCAACCCCGGGCUAUCUCAAUCAAUCCAUGUACAACAAUGGAAGCGUCAUGGCAUUGGGCCGACCGGGCGAGCCGGGCGGCUGGGUGGCCAUGCAGUGGAAUGCGCACGUUCGUGCCCGAUUUCAGCUGCUCCUGACAAAGCUCGCGGAACGAUUCGACGGUCGAAUCUACGGCAUCAACCUGGACGAGACAUCCGUACAGCUCAGUCCAGCGGUGGCAAAAGCGUCGGCCUUCAGCCCCAAGGCUUGGUACGACGCCGAACAGGAAAAUAUACUGCACGCAAGACGAGCAUUCAGCUCGUCCCAUGUGGUUCAGUUCGUCAACUUCUGGCCCGGGGAACUGUACUCCAACGAUGCCGUCAUGAACGACUCCUUCGCCUUUUACGCAGAGCACGGCAUUGGUUUCGGAGGCCCCGACAACAUACCCUGGAACUGUCCAUACAUGACAAACUCUUAUCCGUUGUACAGCCAGUACAAGAACAAGGUUCCUAUCCGGAUAACCUCGGUUCAGGAACCCGACUACAAAGACUAUAUCAACCCACAGACGAACUCUACCUUCACCAAGGAUGAGUUUAUCCAAUUUGCUAGGGACUACCUCCAGGUGGACAUUAUUUUCUGGGCAGUUACCUCGCCGCUCUAUAACGCAGCGGUGCCAGGUAGAAAACGGCGCCCUCUUACUGGGCCUGGGCUUGGACCAAAUUGACGAGGCGGCAACGUCCCAAAUGGCUGUGCCGCAAAUCCUUUGUAAAAGGCGGAAAGCAAGAACAAUUAGAUGUACUAGGUAGGCCAAAUAUAGAACCGG